GACAUCCACUGAGUCAACGCGGUUGUCUUCGAUCCCGCGCCCACGCAGGCCGUCCAAGGCUGAGAGUCUCCUGGCGGGCGAGGCUGCCGAGUGCUGCAGGGCUCACCAGGUGCCCAGAGUCGUGGCCUGCUUCGAGGACGCGAGCCUGCCCGAGAAGGCGGCCGCCAGCUGGGAGCUGGGGCCCGCCCCCGCCCUCCCAGCG